CUCUUUCACCAUGCCUGGGUCACUUCCUUUGAAUGCAGAAGCCUGCUGGCCAAAAGAUGUGGGAAUUGUUGCCCUUGAGAUCUAUUUUCCUUCUCAAUAUGUUGAUCAAGUGGAGUUGGAGAAAUAUGAUGGUGUAGAUGCUGGAAAGUAUACUAUUGGCUUGGGCCAGGCCAAGAUGGGCUUCUGCACAGAUAGAGAAGAUAUCAACUCUCUCUGCAUGACUGUGGUCCAGAAUCUUAUGGAGAGAAACAGCCUUUCCUAUGACUGCAUUGGGCGGCUAGAAGUUGGAACAGAGACAAUCAUCGACAAAUCAAAAUCAGUGAAGACUAAUUUGAUGCAGCUCUUUGAGGAGUCUGGAAAUACAGACAUAGAAGGGAUAGACACAACUAACGCCUGCUACGGAGGCACAGCUGCUGUCUUCAAUGCUGUCAACUGGAUUGAGUCCAGUUCUUGGGAUGGACGUUAUGCCCUGGUAGUUGCAGGAGAUAUUGCUGUAUAUGCCACAGGAAAUGCCAGGCCUACAGGUGGCGUUGGAGCCGUUGCUAUGUUGAUUGGGCCAAAUGCCCCUUUGAUUUUUGAACGAGGACUCCGUGGGACACACAUGCAACAUGCCUAUGACUUUUACAAGCCUGAUAUGCUUUCUGAGUACCCGAUAGUGGAUGGCAAGCUCUCCAUACAGUGCUAUCUCCAUGCCUUAGACCGAUGCUAUUCUGUCUACCGCAAAAAGAUCCGUGCCCAGUGGCAGAAAGAGGGAAAUGAUAAAGAUUUCACCUUAAAUGAUUUUAACUUCAUGAUCUUCCACUCACCCUACUGUAAGCUGGUUCAGAAAUCCCUAGCUCGGAUGUUGCUGAAUGACUUCCUUAAUGAUCAGAACAGAGAUAAAAAUAGUAUCUAUAGUGGCCUGGAAGCCUUUGGGGAUGUUAAAUUAGAAGAUACCUACUUUGAUAGAGAUGUGGAAAAGGCAUUUAUGAAGGCUAGUUCUGAACUCUUCAAUCAGAAAACAAAAACAUCUUUGCUCGUAUCAAAUCAAAAUGGAAAUAUGUACACAUCUUCAGUGUAUGGUUCCCUUGCUUCUAUUCUGGGACAGUUUUCACCUCAGCAGCUGGCAGGGAGGAGGAUCGGAAUAUUCUCUUAUGGUUCUGGUUUGGCUGCUACUCUUUACUCCAUUAAAGUUACACAAGAUGCCACACCAGGGUCUGCUCUUGAUAAAAUAACAGCAAGUUUAUGUGAUCUUAAAUCAAGGCUUGACUCAAGAACUUGUGUGGCACCAGAUGUCUUUGCUGAAAAUAUGAAGCUCAGAGAGGACACUCAUCACCUGGUCAACUACAUUCCCCAGAGUUCAAUAGAUUCACUCUUUGAAGGAACAUGGUACCUAGUUAGAGUGGAUGAAAAGCACAGAAGAACUUAUGCUCGGCGCCCCUCCCCAAAUGACACUUUGAAUGAAGGAGUAGGACUUGUUCAUUCAAGCACAGCAACUGAGCAUAUUCCAAGUCCUGCUAAGAAAGUGCCAAGACUCCCUGCAACAGCUGCAGAAUCUGAAGCCGCUGUCAUCAGUAACGGGGAGCAUUAGGAUACUAUGAGGAGGAAGACUUCCACGUGGUGGGUGGGAAGGGUGUAUGUGGGAAUGGUUGUGGGAAUGGGAUGUCUGGGGACAAUUUUUAAGGAUUUUUAUGUUGCUUAAAAUGUCAUGUGACUGACAUGGAGCCUGGAAAGCUGUAGUGUUCUUGGGAAAGUCUCUGCUCAAUUUGCUAUAACAUGCUUCCUGUUGUGGUCUCGCCAGCGCUUACUGUACUCGAAUGUUAAGGGCUUUGUAAAACUUCGUACCUCUCUGGCUAUUUGUAUGCAUGAAGUUUAGUUUUUAAGUGUGGUAUGAUGAAUUGUGUGCUUCUGGCAGAAAGCAGCAGAAGUACGAGUUUCCAAUUUUAAUUUUUUUAAACGUGUAAAAAUUUUAUACUUUGAACAAACUAGAUGACUGAAAGCACCUGUGGUUUUUGAAAAAAGUUUCUAGUUUAGCGAACAUGAUCUUCAAAUGUGAUAUGCACAAUUCCCAUAUGGAGAUGGCAAGACAGAUGUGCCCUUUGUCCAAAAUGUAUACAUCCUGAAGGGGGAAGAAGGAAUUGAGAUGGUAACAGUGUUUCUGAAAACUAGAGUGUUGCUGUGAAAACAAGCUAGCGGUGAGGAAAGUUACUGUAAUGAGGAAAGUUACUGUAAUGAGUGACGAGACCUGGGACAUAGGGCCCUCUUGAAGUCUGGAAGUAGCCGUGGGCCUGCUCCCGAGUGAGUUCAAGGUGGAUUAUGUUGACCAACAUUGAAAUGUUAUUGAAGCUGCAUAUGAGGAAGUUUGUAUUGUUAUCCCUCUUUGCACCUUAUUUUGAAGAAUAAAUAAAGCAUUUUUUGUGACUGCCUUUUUAAAAUUUUAAACAAGGACAUGGGCAGGGCAUGAUUAAGUUACUUAUGCGUCAGUGUCACAAAUUCAACUUAAGAACAACCUAAAUUCAUGGUGUAAGUAUUCUUUCCCCCCUUUUUGUAUCCAGCGAAAAAUUAAAAGUACAAAGGAAAUUUUUACAUAGUAUGACCAGCCAAAAAGACUAUUCUACUUCAAAGUCUGGAGGUAGGAUUCUUCAAGCACCUUAAAAAAACCUAACAAACUAUCACAUGGGAUAAAUAAGACAACUGGUUAGUUUUGUAGAUCUUUUUGGUGCUGAACUAUGACAUGAGCCUUAUAGAUUGUAAAAUAGAGAUAGUUGGAACUAAUGUACAGAACUACAUUUUUUAAACUUUAUUUGCAGUUAGAUCUGUGAAGUUUCAGUUAUCUAAAUAAACUCACACAAAUAUGAAAUGUAAUGUUUCAAAUUGCAAGGUAAUAUGUAAUGUAGUGUUUGUAAAAUACUCUUGUCUAAUAUUAACGAGUAGCAUUUUGAUUUGUACAGUCAUAAUUUGUUAAAAUGACUUCAUUUUAACAUCCACGGAUGUAGAUUAAUAAUGUAAGUUCAGAUUUAAAAAAUGAUGGGGAAACGGUGCAUGUAAUACUUUUGCAAGUAUUGGGAGUUAGCUAUGUUUUGAAAAGUUAUUUAACUUUGGGGUAUCAGGAAGUGGGUUUUCUCAAAGUCCAUUGCCGGCAAUGGGCAGGCCUAGUAAUAAUAUUGGCACAGAGCAUUAACUGUAUACCUUAUUAACAGUGAGGUGAAUAACUUUGAAUAAAAUUUGAGAAAUAUUUCA